AUGGCUCGACCUGACUCGCCGUCCGAUGACGACUCACCUAGGACUGGAGGCGCUCCGACAGCAGCGGCCUUCGCAGAUACCAUACUCAAGAGGAUGGCACAGCAAGACGCCGUACAGAAGGCGACGAACGAACAACUCGCCGCCAUCGCCGCCAUCUUGGCUCCUUUGGCCGGAAACUCAGAAGAUCCGGCCUCGACGGUCCGAAAACAGCUGUUUGACACUUACCGAACAGCCGGCACAGAAAACACGACGAACACAAACGCCGCCCAGGUUCAAACACCCGGUGGCGUAGACCUCGUCACCGUCCAAGAACUCGCUGAGCUUAAGCAGUCGUUCCUGGACAUGAAAGACCGAAUGUUCGAAGGGCCUACGGCAGCGCCGCUGAUCGAACGCGUCCUGGCCGAAACCCUAAAAACCCCUUUUUCUCGGCGAGUCACCGACGUUCGGAACCGACCAGCCGAGAAAAUCCGCCUUCCAACAUACGCCGGAAAGGCAGACCCAACCGACCACAUCACUGCUUUCAACAUCGCGAUGGGUCGAACUAACUUCUCCGAAGAGGAAAGAGACGCUGGCUAUUGUCGCCUCUUCGUCGAAAGUCUUCAAGGACCAGCCCUCGGAUGGUUCACUGGAUUGGAGCGAGACUCCAUCCACGACUUUCACGACCUGACGACUGCAUUCCUCAAGCAGUACAUUAUGUUUACGAGACAAGGAGCGACCUUAUCUGACCUUUGGAAUCUAUCUCAAGGGGCGAACCAAAGCCUCCGUGACUUCAUGGAAAAGUUCAAAACAGUCGCCUCGAAGGUGCAAAUUCCAGACAGCGUCGCCGUCGCGCUGAUGAAUACCCUCUACUUCAAGUCCCUGUUUCGCGAGGAUCUCUACAGAAACCCAACCACUUCGCUCCAGGACGCUAUCGCGAGGUCGAACAACUUCAUCUGA